UCAAUAUGGAGGACUAAUUCGACCACACGGGAAGACUGCGCAUACAGGGCAUGCGUAAAUCUACUUCCGUGAGAUGCGGAAGUGUGGCUGGGUACGCGCCACAUGUGUUUUGUUUACAUCCAUGGCAGACAGGAGCCCGUGUUCGGAACUUUUUUGUCUCUUCACUUGGGGGGCCAACAGCUACGGCCAGCUGGGUCUGGGUCACAAAGAGGACGUUCUGCAGCCUGAGGGAGCGCGGCUUGGGCAGUGCCUGGAGGGGGGUGUCAGGACUCUGGCUGGGGGUGGAGGGCACUCUGCCGUGGUCACAGGUGCUGGGGAGGUGCUGCUGUGUGGACAGAAUAACAAAGGGCAGCUGGGUUUGGGUCACACCGUGGACGCCCUGCUGUUCACUCCCUGCGCUGCGCUCCGUGGACACAACGUGGUUCAGGUGGCUGGUGGCUGGGACUUCACUCUCAUCCUCACAGGAGAUGGCCGGGUCUUAGCGUGUGGCUCCAAUGCAUUCGGACAGCUUGGAGUUCCUCAUCACCCAGCUGGCAGCUCGGUCCCUCUGCCCAUCAAGUCCCUGACUGAGAAGGUAGUGGAGGUAGCAGCUGGACUCAGGCACGCCCUGGCUGUUACAGAAGCUGGCCGGGUGUAUCAGUGGGGGACUGGCAUGGCUGCUCAGGCUAAACGGACCUUGCAGCCCCGACCUGUCCCAGCAUUCCUUGUGGCAAAGCAGCCCUGUCAAGUUCCAGUGAUGGAGAAUGUGAAGGUCAGGAAGGUGGCUGCAGGUGCUUGCCAUUCUGUCUGCCUCACGGAGGAAGGAGCGGUGUUCAUGUGGGGCAGUAACAAGCACGGCCAGCUGACCAGCUCCGAGCCCUUCCUGUGCCAGGCUCUCCGCAUCCACCCGCGGCUCUUCAAAGGGGCGGCGGUCAGCGCAGUCUGGAGUGGGUGGACGCACGUGGUCUGCAGGACAGAGAGAGGGGACAUCUUCACUUGGGGAAGAGCCGACUAUGGGCAGCUAGGGAGGAAAGCCGCAGCCAAUGGGAGUGGGAGGACAGAGGCACGUGACUUGACUGAUGGAAGUUCGACCCAGUCAGCAACUUGCAUCCCUCUGACGGUGCUGGAUCUAGCAGGAGCUUCCCAGGGCAGUCUGAAGGACAGGGUUCAUCUUGACUCGGGGGAGUGGAUCGCUGGUGGAGACGGCAUGAUCAGCACAGAGAAUUCAUUUUACACAUCUCGGAACGGUUUGGAAAACAAGACUGAUAAACAGAGAAGUUGUUUGCAGGUGUCUUGUGGUUCUGAGCACAACCUGGCUGUGGUUGGUGGACGCUGCCUGUCCUGGGGCUGGAACGAACACGGCAUGUGCGGGGAUGGGACCGAGACUAACCUCUCAACGCCUCAGCCAAUUACCGCCCUCCAAAACACUAGGCCUGUUCUGAUUGGCUGCGGGGCAGGACACUCUAUGGUUUUUUGCCAUAGAACAUAGUGUGAAAGAUAUGCAAUAGAAACGGCGUGCAUGCUGAUGAACGUAUUCUGGAAUACCAAUACCAUGUUGUUUAACUACCUUGACGUUCGCUUUUAGCGAUUUCCAAUGAAAUAAUGCUUUUAACAAUAUCGGAAAUGAGGGCAGGACUUGAUUUUAGAAACAGUAAACCCCUGAGUGACAUUCAUUGUAGAUAAUAAUGUCUAGCUUAAAAGCCCACUGAAACGGCAGGCAUUUACAGUACAUUGUAACUGUACGCUGUGUUAGACCUCGGCUAGCCAAUGGAUUUGUGCUUCUCCUACCUCCGGAGCCCAGGAAUGUCCCGACACUGCUUUAGGGAACCCUGCUGUUGAAAUCCCUAACACUUCCAAUUACAUCUUAAUAGAUAAUGAAGUCGUAAUUCAGCGGGCAACAUGAAGGGAUAUAAAUGGGGAUCUCUGGGAGAUUGAAUACGCCCCAGCCCUCUAAAUCACAGCUUGCACAGCAGCAGUAAAACAUCCCAGCUGUCCGGACACCCCCCGCCAUCUCCCGCUUAGUUAUAUUUCAUCCUGGCAGCGCCUCUGUGUCGCCCACUCACCGGCGAUUAGACCUCCGGAUCGGGAUCUCGCAGAGGGACAUGUGGGAAUACUACAGCACAGGGGUGAGAGGGUUCAGUCAGCAGAGUUGAAUCAUGGGCUCGGGCGAAGUGUUCGUUUGCUCUGUCCGGCUCCACUGGUUGUAGAGCACCUGUUAUCUGCUGCUGCUUCCUUAUUAGAUUUUGGUACAUUGGGUGCUUUAGUGUGUACGCUGACAUUACGGUAUUGGUGUGACCCUCUGAUCUCGUGUUAUAUCCUUCGGUUUCAUGGUUAUGGUGAGGGCAAAGGGAAAUAUUCAAGGCAAAAUGGGAGUGGGGGAGGGCUUAGGCUGAGGGAACACGAAGCCACUUUUUCAGGAACAGUGGCUUGAAACCUGGUUCCAGGAGACAUAGUUUGAGGCAACUUUGCUGUAUCAAACCCCAAGUCUCCCCUGGUGUGCCAUGCAAUGGCCUGAAACCUAGUCUCCUGAAACCAAGUUCUAAGCCACAGAGUGGUUUCGUGUUCGCUCAGCUUUAUGCUGUUGGAUAUGGUGUUAGAACCAGAAAUCUGUUAACAAGUUACAUCUUUUUAUUUUUUAAAUUUUUUAAAUUUUUUUUUUUUUAAAAGUGCAUUCGUGAUUUCACACAAAUAUAUGGUAUUGAAACGGUUAAUGAGCUGCACUUGGAGUGAUCUUUUUUUUAAAUUUGUUUUUAUUUCAGUGUCCACAACUGUAAGACUGGUUUCCAUGGUAACUUACAGCAGUAGUAUGCAGUUGAAGGUCUGUUUAAAGAUGAUGUAAUAAUAAUAAUAAUUUGAAAAUACUUGUAGGGAAGGGGGUGGGACUCUCAUAUCUGAUCCUUAAUCACUCUGUUUGCCAUUUAUGGCAAUGUAGAACUGGUUACUGGCUGUGACGACCCAAAGUGUCACAGGCAACAUGAAGUGGCUUCAUACAUACCAUGUAGAACCUGGGAAGACCCCAGGGAAGAAGCUGAAAAAAAAACUGCCUCCAACACGGGUUUCAUACAAAAUGUAUUUCAUGCUAGAAUUGUGUUUUAUUGAAUUAUUAUUAUUAUUAUUAUUAUUAUUAUUAUUAUUAUUAUUAUUAUUAUUAUGCAUAACAUUGUGCAUGCAUUUGCUUAUCCGAAGUACUGAAUUGCAUACAAUGCUCUUAAGUCUUGAUUGCAAGUUUGCGAGAGAGAGACAAGUAUACAGUCAGUUCUCAGAGUCCAUCCAGGGUUUUGCACUGUGAGUCCAAAUUGGGGUUUGUUCUUCAUUUUUCUUUGUAGAUUUUGUUUAAAAAUAACACUGUUAAAAGUCCAUAUUUAAUGAGUGAUAUGAACUACGUCUUACGGUAGCAGAUUCUCCACAUUGGAUCUAUACACCAGUAAGUUACAACAUAACCAGAGCCAGAAUUAAAAAAUAUAUUAAAAGUUAGCCCAGCUGGUAUUGUCCAAAUUGUCACAAGCAUGCCAACAGAAACAGAUCUAAAUUAACAGUUUAAAACUACACAGAUAUAAUAACUCGCUACAUAAGUAGGAAGCGUUAUGAAGGCCAUGGUCAAUAUGACCAGUGACUGCCUGAUUGCACAUUUGUCCUUAAACUUGUUACUUCCUAUCAUAUAUAUAUAUAUAUAUAUAUAUACUGUAUAUAUAUACACACACACACACACACACCGUAUUACAUUUUGGCUACAUCAAAUGCAUGUAAAAGUAAGGAACUUUUUGAAAGAAAAUAUAUAUUUUUUUUUGUUCUUAAAGAUAUUCAUUACAAGUACAGCUUUUUCAAAUAAUACAUCAUGCAACUCAUGCUAAAUGAACAGAUGGGAGUCUUCUACAGUCGAAUGACUAUAUAUAUAUAUAUAUAUAUAUAUAUAUAUAUAAUUUAUUUAUUUAUUUUUUUAGCCAUAGAAAUAGUCUCAAGUCCUCAUCUUCUUGGCUGUUUUCCCUUUCAAAGAAACAAAGCACAAUUGUUUUCUUAAUCUUGCAUGGAGCCUCAUCCAAAAUCCAUUCAAAAGAAGAGUAGGAUUUCUCCUUUCAUUUAUUUUUCUUUGAAUGUCGUCCUUCUGCUGAUUUCCCCCUCUGCUAUCGUCCUUCUCCCAACCACACACAGGCGAUCAAAAGGAUAGAUUAUCAUUGUCUGACUUUAGGAUGUAUUCCACCUGGGUCAGGUCACUUUGACUACCUCUGCGUGCAUACACUGAGCAAGGACGUGAUCUGCAGUAAACAAUACAGAGUACCUGAGCAUCAAUCAGUGCCCCGUUGUUUUGAAAAUAAAAUAAAAAUAAAAUAAAAAA